AUGUCGAAAAGAAAAUUUUUAUCAGAUACUGAGUUAGAAAAAAUACUCGCAAUUCCAACAAGUGAAGAAGAUGAAGAUUAUAGCUCUGAUGACUCUGUAAAGGAUCCUGUGUAUAAUCCUACUGUAUACUCUUCGGAAAGUGAAGAAGAUGAGGAAGUCAUAAAUAAUAUAGAAGAAGUUCUUGAAAGCCUAGCACUAGAAGAGAAUAGGGAAGAAAGCGAUGAAGAACAAGAAAAUCGGGUCGCAGGUGAACCCCAAAUUAUAAAUCCUGUCUGGUCUGAAUACGAAGGCCGUCAUAAAACAUUUACUUUUUCGGGAAAAUCAGGCCUACAAGUAGAUGUCCCACAAAGUGUCACCCCAUUUGAUGUUUUUCGUUUGUUUACUGACGAUGAAAUAAUCAACCCCAUCGUAUUAGAAACAAAUAGAUACGCUGAGCAACAACUGAUUGCAAAAGAAUUGAAACGCGAAAGUGGAAUGAAAAAAUGGACUCCAACUAAUAGCGAUGAAAUGAAAAAGUUCUUGGGACUUGUAUUAUGGAUGGGUCUUGUUCGAUGUGGUAGUAUUCCAUCACACUGGUCUACAAGUGAAAUUUAUAAGAACAAUGUAGCGCCCAAGGUAAUGCCGCGGAACCGUUUUGAGUUAAUACUAGCAAAUAUACACUUCGCCAACAAUGAAACCAUUCCAAAAGGGGAUAGGACUGGAAAAGUUCAACCACUUAUAGAUAUGUUGCAAAAAAAUACCAAACACUUUAUACCCAGCUGA